AUGUCGCUCACUGAGUCCGCUGCGGUGGAUGUCGCACGCAGCGCAUCCAUUGCUUCUCGUCAACUCGCAACGCUUUCUAAUGAUGCCCGGAACCAAGCUCUCUCAGCACUUCAUCAAGCCCUAGACAAAAACCGGGCCACCAUCCUGGCCGCCAAUGCGAAAGAUGUUGAAAUGGCCACCCGAGCCGCUGCGGAUGGCACACUGAGCCAUAGUAUACUCAAAAGAUUGGAUCUUUCACGCCCCGGCAAGUAUGAUGACAUGCUCCAGGGAAUCCUGAGUGUACGGGAUUUGAACGAUCCCGUUGGUAAUGUGACACUGCGGAAGCUUCUCGAUGAAGGGUUGACCCUAGAAAGAGUCAGUUGCCCCAUUGGUGUUCUCCUGAUCAUCUUCGAGGCUCGGCCCGAAGUGAUUGCGAAUAUCGCGGCCCUGGCCAUCAAGUCCGGGAAUGCUGCCAUCCUGAAAGGUGGGAAGGAAUCUAUGGAGUCCUUCGUCGCUAUUGCGAAUGUUGUAUCAGAGGCCAUUGCCAGCUCUCAGGUCCCGGUUCCAUCUAUUCAGCUUGUCAGGACUCGGGAUGUUGUUUCUUCUUUGCUUGCCCAGGAUUCACUCAUUGACCUCGUAAUCCCCCGAGGCUCCAAUGAGUUGGUCCGCUUCGUCAAAGACAAUACGAAGAUUCCUGUUCUUGGACAUGCAGAUGGAUUAUGCUCUGCCUACGUGCAUUCCGAUGCUAAAAUCGAUAUCGCCGUGAAAGUCAUUGUUGAUUCAAAGACAGAUUACCCGGCGGCCUGCAAUUCACUCGAAACGCUGCUGGUGCAUGAAAGUCUACUCGACUCGACCCUUCCUGUCGUCGCCCAAGCCUUGCUGGAUAAGGGCGUUUCUCUUCGUUGUGACAGCGCAUCCAUGGACGCCUUGAUGAAAGCGCUACCAGCUGACAAAAGAAAUAAUCUCUCUGCUGCCACUGGAGCAGACUACGAAACCGAGUUCUUAGACUUGGUACUAGCCGUCAAGACUGUCUCACGUGCAGAAGACGCAAUUGCACACAUCAAUGCCCACUCGUCUGGGCACACAGACAUCAUCAUAACUGAAUCUAGAGAGGCAGCAAACUGCUUCAUGAGCAGCAUUGACAGCGCAGGCGUUUUCUGGAACGCAUCUAGUCGAUUUGCUGACGGGAUGAGGUAUGGAUUUGGUACUGAGGUUGGCAUCAGCACCAAUAAAAUUCACUCUCGGGGUCCUGUCGGCCUUGAAGGGUUGACAAUCUAUAAAUACCUGAUCCGCGGGGAGGGUCAUGGAGCUGCGGAUUACCACGAGGGCGAGGCAGGACGGAAGUAUCUCCAUAAAAGCCUUCCAAUCGACAAAUGA